AGACAAGAAGAGUUUCUUAAACAGGAAACUAUAGAAAUGAAGUUUUCAAACUUUUGCAUUUCCUUCUUCAUCAUCUUCUUCGCUGCCGUGUCGGAAGCCGCCAGCAUCCAACUGCCCGGCAAUUCGUUGUCGGAUACCCGUUUCGGCUUUUUCAUUUUCGGAGAUUCCUAUGUCGACGCUGGCAACAACAACUACAUUAUCACCACCAGUGACUUUCAGGCCAACUUCCCGCCCUAUGGUGAAAGCUUCUUCCCGAACCGGAUCGCCACCGGCAGGUUUACCGACGGCCGUAAUAUUCCGGAUUUCUUAGGUGAGUAUGCCAACUUGCCUUUGAUUCCACCAUAUUUGGAUCCUCACAACGAUCUCUAUGACUAUGGAGUCAAUUUUGCAUCUGGUGGAGGUGGAGCUUUAGCUUUGAGUCAUCAAGAACAGGCCAUUGGGCUUCAAACUCAGAUGGUGUUUUUCAGAAAAGUGGUGAAAUCUUUAAGAAACAAGCUGGGGCAUGCAAGAUCUAGAAGCUUCCUCUCUAACUCUGUUUUUCUCUUCAACUUUGGAGGAAAUGAUUAUCUGAAUCCUUUCGACAUUAGCUAUGACAUUUUCAAAACCAUUGAAGCUCAAGAACAGUACGUGAAUAUGGUGGUCGGAAACAUAACGAUAGCAAUCAAGGAAGUAUACAAAUACGGAGGAAGGAAAUUUGGAGUUCUGGCAGUGCCUCCAUUAGGGUAUAUGCCAAGUUCAAGACUGAAAAAGAGUGCUCAAUUUUUUGAAGAGUCUUCUUCAAUAGCAAGGAUUCACAACAAGUUUAUUCUCAUUGCUCUUGAGAAACUUUCCAAGCAACUCAAAGGAUUCAAAUACACUCUUGCUGAUGUUCACACUGCGCUUCUACAAAGAAUACAGAACCCUACAAAAUACGGUUUCAAGGUAGUGGACACAGCCUGCUGUGGGAGUGAUGAAUUCAGAGGGGUUUACAAUUGUGGAAGAAAGGAUUUUGGAUCUUUACCCUAUACUCAUUGCCAAAAUCUUGAAGAUCAUAUGUUCUUUGAUUCUUUUCAUCCCACUCAAAAGGUUUUCAAACAACUUGCAGAUGAGUUUUGGAGUGGAGAUGUUGACAUUGUUAAGCCUUUGAACUUCAAACAACUCUUUAGUUGUGAUGACUCAACUUUGGCUUCUUAUUGAGAAUUGUUUAGGAGGAGGAUUUUAAGAUUGAGGAAAAUCUUGGAAUCUAUAUGUUUAACAACUUGGCAUUUAGCUACAUUUUUUUCUUUAUAAUCUAGAUGAUCAUGAGGCAGCACUACAUUGUAAUAUCGUUUGCUAUGAAAACUCGUCGAAUAAAUGUUAAUCGUUUUUGAAAUA